GGCCACCAUUCAAUUCUCUCGGUAGAGCUCGACAACCGGCGGUUUCGAACCACCGGAACGAAAGACUGACACCGUUGCUCGUAGUCUUCCGAAUCGGAGCGCUGCGCAACUCUGGUGAUGAAAUAUCCGUGAAAGUUCGCACGUCCACGUGAGAUCGGCGGGCAUGGUUGCGCUCCCGAGUCGGAAGCAAGAGCUUUGUAGUUAGCGGGAAAACUAGACAGAAUCGAUCCCUGAGCAUCUGGGAACCGGUGUCGAUGUCGGAAAAAAUGCGAGCGAAGCCGUCAAUGACCUCAUCGGCGACAUCAUCGUCGAUUUCAGAUCAUGACGAAACUUCGCACGAUAACGUGAGUUCCAGACUCGGUCUGGACGACUCGAGCUUGGGAUCCUUCAGCGACGUUGGCGCCAAACGCUUCCGUGGAUUCCUACCACCAUUCAAAUACACCUCCCAUGGCAAAGAAGAUCACGAGAAGGCUCUAUUCGCCGUGCAGUUCAAUCCUCAUGUGGAAGAUCGAGACAUAUUUGCCACCUGCGGAACGAAUAAGGUGUCCGUCUACGAAGCCAUUCCAGGCUCUAUGAAGCUUCUACAGUCGUACGCAGAUCCUGAACCCGACGAAACAUAUUACACUUGCGCCUGGACCUACGACGAAACCGGCGAACCUCUGCUCGCAGUGGCCGGUUUUCGAGGCAUUAUCCGCGUCAUAAACACCCACCGCAUGGACACCGUGCAGCAUUAUGUCGGUCAUGGGAACGCCAUCAACGAGAUAAAAGUUCAUCCCCGGGAUCAUCAUCUCCUGCUCUCGGUCAGUAAAGAUCACACGCUUCGACUAUGGAAUCUGAAGACCGAGCAGUGCGUCGUCAUAUUCGGCGGAGUUGAAGGCCAUCGAGACGAGGUGCUCAGUGCCGACUUCGAUCUUACCGGAGAACGUAUCGUCUCCUGUGGCAUGGAUCAUUCGCUGAAGAUAUGGCGACUCGACCACUCGGUAAUUCAGAAGGGAAUCCACGACUCCUACUUGUACCAGCCCCAGAAGCACACUCGAGCGUUUCCGACUGUCAAUCAGAAUUUCCCUGAUUUCACCACGAGGGAUAUCCACCAGAAUUAUGUGGAUUGUGUUCGAUGGCUCGGGAACCUCAUCUUGAGCAAGUCUACCGAGCAUGUAAUCGUGUGUUGGAAGCCCGGUUACAUCGAGCAACGAGCGAUUAAAACAACGGACUCCACGGUGACGAUCCUACACCAGUUCCACUAUAAAGAUUCACGUUUCUGGUUUCUUCGUUUCGGACUGGAUCGAGAGCAGCGGCAACUGUCCGUGGGGAACGAGACCGGAAAGACCUAUGUUUGGGAAAUCGACGUGGAGGAUCCGGCAACUAGCAAAUGCAGUACCCUGUCGCAUCCAAAAUGCACAACCAUAGUCCGACAAACCUCGUUCAAUAAUAGAGGUGACAUGAUCAUUUGCGUAUGUGACGAUGCCACUCUCUGGCGCUGGGACCGGAUGCCAGUGAAGUCUGACGACACGAAAUGAAGCAUCGAUCUGGAAAAUCCGCGGGAGAAACGAGGAGGCGUUGGAGAAAAAUACGCACGUGCUCAACACAGAGUGUUGGCAUAUAAACGCCAAUUAUCGUAAUCGAAAGCAGGGAAUCGCCCGGGACCGAGAUUCAUAUCUCGUAAGCGUAGCAUGAUCGAUCGAGCCGGGAGUCCUGUCUGGGGCGAGGAACUGCUGAGAUUUGUAAAUAACAUAAAAGAAGAAUUCAGCAUUUUAUAUCGGACAUGGAUCACAGUGUUCCGGAUCGUUAGUGGUCGUAUUAGUUCUCUCAGCAGAUCCAGUUUCCGUGAACUGGUUCCCGGAUAUGGAAUUCCUGAGAGCUUCAAAUGAGUGUCCGUUGACGAUCCGGCUCUUGGAGC